AUGGACGCCUUCAAGAAAGGUCUCCUCCCGGACGGAGAACUAUACAAAGAACUUACGAAGCUGGGUUACACAACAAUAGAAGAUGCUUUGGCCCAGGCAGUAAUCCAAAUAAGAUGGGAAGAAGAUGAGAUAAACCGAGCAACUCACUCCAGAUAUGACCCGAGGCAGAAUGACAGGAAGCCAGAGCACAGACCGGUGGAACACCACUAUCAACCCCCAGCACACAAUAUGAGUAGAGUCAGAAAACAGUAUGAUCGCCAGCCAACGAGAACCGAUAACAGACAGUUUGGAUCAAACCGGUACAAAAUACCAGAGUACAACCUCAACGUCGAACCGGCCCAGGUCACCGCGAUUAUGAAAAGGAUGGGAUCCACCGUUAAGUGGCGGGGCAAGCUCAAUCCCGAGGCAAGGAGAGACACAACCAAGUGGUGUGAGUUUUACGGUGACCAUGGACACAACACAGCAGACUACAUCGCCUUGCGGCUUGAGGUCGCUGCACUUCUAAAGAAGGGACACCUCCGAGAUCUGUUAACAGAUAAGAGGAAGAACACCAUUAGCCAGAGAAGCUCAAAAGAACCAUCACCACCUCCGCGGGAACCCACACCGAAUGGGCUUUGUUCGCUCAUCUCCGGAGGAUCAGAGAUUAGUAGGGUAAGUUACUCGUCAGCCAAGAGAUAUGCUAGAGCCAACAGCCACCAUGAAGUGCAGUCCAUCCAUCCGGUCUCGCGACCACACACCCAUCAGGUAAUCCAGUUUGAAGAUGACGAGCCGAUCACUUUGGCCGCUCCUCACCAAGAUGCUCUAGUCGUCUCACUGCAGAUCACCGACAUCCUAGUAAAGAGAGUAUUCAUAGAUAGAGGGUCCUCAGCAAACAUCAUAUUCCUUGAAACAAUGAAGGCAAUGGGUCUGGAAGAAACAAACAUCAAUAGGAGGCCGACACUGCUAGUUGGUUUCAAUUCCGAGCAGAAGUACACCAUCGGAGAAAUCAUCCUUCCUAUCUACGAUAGCGAAGUGAACAAACAGACCGUCUUUCUAGUGAUCAACUGCCCUUCACCCUACAACGUCAUCUUGGGUCGGCCUUGGAUCCAUGACAUGCGAGCAGUCCCAUCCACUUUCCACCAGACGACCAAGUUUCCUACCAAGUAG